UAUCUGAAGAGAUAUGAUGAUAAGAUUAGGAAUUAUUCUGAUUUCCACUCCCGAAGGCAUCAUUGUAGCCAGAAUUUCUGACACUGCAUCGCAAUAUGUGAAACACAGUAGCAGGGAGCUGAUGUACUCUUAUCAAUGGAAACUGCCUCACACAGCUGCUGGCUCUGUAAAUAACACUCUGAUUGCUGAGGUCAGAGCUCUCUUUCCAGACAACUAUACACGAAUAGACAUCAAGUUGCCACAAGAGUUACACUGCACAUCACAUGUACAUCUUGGGGUUGAUAAACAUUUUGAGGACACAUGGUUCAGGCAAGACAAAGAGAGAAACACACUAAAGCUGACCUGGUUGUACUGGAAUGAUAAAAGAUGCACUGUCUCAGUAGCUUUCAAUGAUCCACUGUGUGAAGCUUUGUUUCAGGUCCCUAACACAUAUCCUCAUGUCCCCCUGGUCAAAGCAAAGCAGGAUACAUGGGAAUGCUUGGGCCCUUGGACCAGGCGUUGUGAGGAAGCUGCUGGCUGGGUAAAGACAUCAGACUCAGGGGUGGAUUUUCACAACCAACUUCAGGUGAAGGAAGCCAUUCCAAAGGCUGCAGAGAGGAAACUGCAUGACUUGGAGCCUGGUGAUUGGAUCGUGGUGAAGGAUUUCAGACGGAAGAACUGGCGGGCUCGCAGGUGGAAUGGUCCCUACCAGAUCUUGCUCACCACUGAAACAGCUGUAAAGGUGGCAGAGAGAGCUACAUGGAUCCACGCCACCCACUGCAAACGAGUACCCGAGCCGGGGCCAGCAGCCAAACACCAGACAAGUGAGAUCGAGAUCAGUGAGUGAACCGAACCUUCCUCCCCUUGUGCAUUCAGGGGAUAUUGGAGGGGAGUGGCGGUCCCGUGGGGGAGUUUCUCUGAGCACAGAGGUUCCACUGAGACCACCUAGAACCACUACCCUCCCGAACCAACAUCACGGGCACACUGAUUAGGGGGUAGGCAGAGGUGACACAACUGAUAAGAUGACACUUGAGACCAGAGAAAGAUGGCGAAGGAGGGGUGACGGACCGGGAGGCCACGGA